UACCUGUCUUUAUGCAGCUUACUGUUUGCUGAAGGAGAUCAGUGUGCUAUGUAUGACGAUCAAUUAUCAUCAACGGUCUCAUUGUGGAGCCAUCCAGGUAAUAGUAGAAGAUUCUUCAACUGAAAUACAAGAUUAUGCUUUAGUGCCUUGAGCAAUGAAGUUCAUAACUGCACAAUAAUGAUUAUAAGAUUCUAGUUAAUGUUUCUAACCUUUGAAAAUUUGCAGGCUAUGUUACCUUUUUUUCUUGGCUCUUUCCUCUUUAACAGUUUGAAUAGUUCUUUCCCUUUCAGUGUUGUUAGGCUUGGUUCCUCGGAUCACAAGAAUACAAGAAGUAGCUCAGGUUCAAGGACUAGCUUCCACUUGAGGUAUCUUUUUAACGCUCACAAGACUUGGAUCAAAUGUCAGUCUGCAUUAAUGCUUUUACAGAUUAUCUGGCUGACACAUGGAAUAAAACUGAAACUCUUAUCUAGCCUUUGGACUGAUCUCAUAAUAUCUCCAGAAAUUGCGGUGGUUCUUACUCGUGUCUCAACUUCUGGAAAGAAACGGACAUCUGACUUGUAACAAACCAGUAGGUUCUUCCCCUUCUACUUUCUUUUUUGCGGUGUCUCUCUUUAAAAAAACGUAUGCUUGACAGAUACCUUGUCAGAUACCCGCGGAUAAAACUCUCUAAGGACUCUGCUAUCCUGUCACAACAGCAGCUUCUUCGAUGCCACGUGCUGUUGACAAAUAUGGCGUGCCUCUUCACUCCAUCUCCACCUGCUCCAUAGCUCAACACAAAUGUUCUUAUACUUUACAGUUCCUACAGUCCUUAUACUUGUGCAUAAAGCUGUUAAACACUAGUCUGAGAAAAUCUGCUUCUGUUUAGGGAUAUGAUGCCACCCUCUACUCCUAAAUCUCCUUUACUCGAAGAAGCUCAUGAAGAUGGAAGAUUUAAAUGCUAUAGGGGUGUCAGAAAGAGGUCUUGGGGCAAGUGGGUGUCUGAAAUCAGAGUUCCAAGGACUGCAAGACGGAUAUGGCUAGGUUCAUAUGAUGAUCCAGAGAAGGCAGCUCGAGCCUAUGAUGCUGCUUUGUUCUGCAUUAGAGGCGAGAAGGGAGUUUUCAAUUUUCCCACUAGUGAAAAGCCUCAGCUUCCUGAAGGUUCUGUCAGGCCUCUCUCCAAGCUUGAUAUACAGACAAUAGCAACAAACCAUGCUUCAUCAGUUGUGUCUGUGCCUUCCGCUACCACACCAAUCCCGGCAACAGAUCAGGUUUCUGCAUCCCCGGAUGUAGCUGUUUCUACUGAGAUUAUGGAGAUGGCUGACGAACAUUAUCUCCCAGUGGAUGCAAGUGUAGAAUCAAUAUUCUCAGUAGAAGACUUGCAGCUGGACAAUUUCCUCAUGAUGGACAUUGACUGGAUAGACGAUCUAGUCUGAUGGUUAGUCACUUUUAGCUUUAAUAUGGUUUAACUAUUAGCUACCUCUGUCCCUCUAGCUACUUAUUUGUGAGUAUAUACUUGCAUCCUUGUCUUUAAACUUGUUUUGUUUAGCAUGCAGAUGCAGUUUGUUUUUCUUUUGCCUGUCUGUACUUCUUUUUUUCUCUGUCUUCCAAGAUGUUAGCAUGAAUGAAAUGAUUAGGAGUUGGCGUC